CCAAAGAAGUGAGGCUCGAGAGGCGGGGUUUAUGCAAAUGAGGCGCAGUGAGGAGACGCUCGAGCUUCAGUGAGACAGGACGAGCACUUUGUGAACACCACUUUCUUUGAUCAUUCGUCGAUAAAAAAAUAUAAUCGCAACAUGGCUUCAAAGUGCCCCAAGUGUGACAAGACUGUGUAUUUUGCUGAGAAGGUGGCAUCUCUGGGGAAGGACUGGCAUAAGUUCUGUCUGAAGUGUGGCCGCUGUAACAAAACCCUGAACGCAGGGGGACAUGCUGAGCAUGAUGGGAAGCCCUUCUGCCACAAACCGUGCUAUGCUGCCCUCUUUGGACCAAAAGGUGUGAACAUUGGCGGAGCAGGGUCCUAUGUGUAUGAAGCCCCCGUCAGCAAUAACCUAGCCUCUACUGACUUGGAUGCCCCCCCCAAGCCUGCUGAGGAGAAGAAAGUGUUUGCACCCAGGGCACCUGUCAAAGCUUCCAGCAUCACCACCUUCUCUGGUGAGGCCAACCUGUGUCCCAGGUGCAGCAAGAAGGUCUACUUUGCUGAGAAGGUGACGUCCCUGGGGAAGGACUGGCAUCGACCCUGUCUCCGCUGUGAGAGGUGCAGCAAGACCCUGGCCGCCGGCAGCCACGCAGAGCAUAAUGGCCAGCCAUACUGCCACAAGCCAUGUUAUGCUUGUCUCUUUGGACCCAAAGGAGUGAACACUGGAGGUGUAGGCAGCUACAUCUACGAGAAGGAGGUCAGCACAGAGGCCCAGCCCUGAGCUACUGCGGUCCCAUCCCCAGCCUCAACCUGAGCUCUCCAAUACUAAUACCACAAUCCAACACAGUAUUAUUAACACUAGGCUUUAGCCCCUAUAGCUCCUUCUAUAAGCAGCACUGAGAGACCCACGGCCUCUCUUCUAGCUCCUCCCAUUUAACCCCUGACCCCAAAUAUUUCACCACCUGGCCCAGCCCACCUCAGCCUCCUAGCACUGCAGUCCUCUAAUAUACACUACCUGACCAAAAGUAUGUGGACACCUGUUCGUAGAUUCCAAAAUCAUAGGCAUUAAUAUGGAGUUGGUCCCCCCUUUGCUGCUAUAACAACCUACACUCUUCUGGGAAGGCUUUCCAUUAGAUGUUGGAACAUUGCUAGUGAUCUUGCUUCCAUUCAGCCACAAGAGCAUUAGUGAGGUCGGGCACUGAUGUUGGGCGAUUAGGCCUGGCUCGCAGUUUGCAUUCCAAUUCAUCUCAAAGGAUGCAGGCCGGGUCAAGUUCUUCGACACCGACCUCGACAAACCAUUUCUGUACGGACCUCGCUUUGUGCACGGGGGCAUUGUCAUGCUGAAACAGGCAAGGGCCUUCCCCAAAAUGUUGCCUCAAUGUUGGAAGCACAGAAUCAUAUGCAAUGAAUGUUAUUGUAUGCUGUAGCGUUAAGAUUUCCCUUCACUGAAACUAAGGGGCCUAGCCCGAAUCAUCAAAAACAGCCCCAGACCACUAUUCCUCUUCCACCAAACUUUACAGUUGGCACUAUGCUUUGGGGCAGGUAGUGUUCUCCUGGCAUUCGUCCGUUGGACUGCAAGAUGGUGAAGCAUGAUUCAUCACUCCAGAAAACGCGUUUCCACUGCUCCAGAGUCCAAUGGCGGCGAGCUUUACACCACUCCAGCUGAUGCUUGGCAUUAUACAUGGUGAUCUUAGUCUUGUGUGCAGCUGCUCUGCCAUGGAAACCCAUUUCAUGAAGCUCCUGACGAACAGUUAUUGUGCUGACGUUGCUUCUAGAGGCAGUUUGGAAAAUGUUGUGAGUGUUGAAUGAGUGUUGAAAAUGAGGACGGACUAUAUUUACGCGCUUCAGCUUUCGGCAGUCCUGUUCUGUGAACUUGUGUGGCCUACCGCUUGUUACUCCUAAACGUUUCCACUUUACAAUAACAGCAUUUACAGUUGACUGGGGCAGCUCUAGCAGGGCAGAAAUGUGAAAAUUUGACUUGUAGGAAAGGUGGCAUCCUAUGACGGUGCCACAUUGAAAGUCACUGAGCUCUUCUGUAAGGCCAUUCUACUGCCAAUGUUUGUCUAUUGAGAUUGCAUGGCUGUGUGCUCGAUUUUAUACACCUGUCAUCAAUGGGUGUGGCUGAAAUAGCCAAAUCCACUAAUUUGAAUGGGUGUCCACAUACUUUUGUAUAUAUAGUGUAGAUUGACGCUUCCCAAACACUUUAUUAAAUUAUAUUUUAUUUACACUUCAAAAAGAAAAAAUAAUUCAUGGAACACAGUUUAACCCUGAGUGGGUUCUUAGUAAAAAAGCACCAUAUUACUGUAUCCAUUCUCUCUCCCCACUGAAACACAAGAGCCAGGAGGCCAGUUCUUCACCUUUUAUGAGUUCAUGAUUACUUUAUGUUAUGUUUAUGUAUAUUUACGAGCGUGGAUAUAAGCACAUUAUAACACUACUUUAAGAACUGCAAUAAAACAUUUUAUUUCCCUUUUUAUUUAAUUUUAAGUACCCCUAACGCGGCCUUUGAGGGGGAGUUUAGAGACGAGACCAGGUGAAAAAGGUAAAAUGAUCCCUGUAACAUAACAAAUCUAUUUCCUCAAGAGUAGUGAUACAUGGUGUUUAAAGGAAGGUGUUGCAUUGUCAUGGUAACAUGCUGACAGGAAUGUAGGGGUACCUGGGAGAGAGGGUGUAGUCUGGCUGCAGGUGCAGGUGGUGCUGUUUCAGGACAGGAGCACCACUUUAAAUCCCUCCUGCUAGAUUUAUGGGUUAAGACCCAGAUUUAUACAGUUUUGGCCGCCUGACUACAUUCCUGAUCAAAUGGAUGAUAUAAAAAAAAGUCUCUGGGAUUUAAGUUCCAGAAAGUGUGGAUCAUUUUAAAAGAUGGUGUUUUAGGGUUGUGGGUCUAUAAGGGUAGCCAGGUUCACUAUCUGUUUGUACUGUUUUGCCUAUGGUCAUUGCACGUCAAUGGAUACCAUAGUAUCCACACAGCACAUACACAUCUGGAACCAGGCUAUUUUGAGGGUCCUGUUACUGGGUUGACAUGGUACAGUAGAUUGUUUAUGCACAGUACUGCAUUGGGUUCCAGACAUGGAAGUCAUUUUAAAUUGGGUUUGAAAUGAGCAGGAUGUGUUGAUUGAUUUGUUAAGAAUAAGAAGAGUAUACCAGUAAAAUUGCAUGAGGAUGGUGCAUUGUACUACGGCUAUGGGACAAAUGAAUGAAGGAAGCGAAAGAAGCUGGGGCAACAUCAACUUGUAGGAUAUAGAGCUGUACAAUUUGAUAUGGUCAGAAUGUUCCUGUAUUAAGAAACCCUUCAUGUAUUUCUACCUGAGAUUACUAUGAGCUAAUUGAAGUAUUAUACCUUAGUAGGAGGUAGCCUAUAGAAACACAGAUGCAUCUGAAAUGGCACCCUGUUUAGUGCACUACUUUUGAACAGGGCUCUGGUCAAAAGUAUCGCACUAUAUAGGGAAUAGGAUGGCAUUUUGGGAUGCACACAGAGUAACUGAAACACUGCAGACAAAGCAUUAUGUUAGAAUGUGCUUUAGUAUUUUAUAUAGAUAUAUAAUAUGACUGUUAUUGUGAUGAUUUGAUUCUAAUGAUCUGUUAUGAACUGUUUUGUGUAGUAAGGCUUUAAAACACUUCAGGAGUCACUGUUUGUAGAGAAAAAUAAAAUGGCUCCACUUCA